GCACGUGACAGAGGGGCGGAUCACGUGUCAACGGAAGAAGAUGCUUUUGUUUUUCCUUGGGAAAAAAGUCGAGGAACAAUGUUUGAAAAGGCGAUUUUUCAGUUAUAUCAUAUAUUUUUCUCAAAAGCAAAGUCGUAAUGUCAUAUAGGACAUUAAAUCUUUUGGGAUAUCUGAACUACAUUUCCACAUCUUGAAGCUUGUUUGACGCUUCAUUUGGGAAUUCUUGAAGCUGCAGAGAUUGCAAGGCGGAAGAAGGGAAUUUCGAAGGGACGAACUGAAAGAGCCUAGUGAUGGCUCCGGAUUAAUUUUAUGAGAGCUUUGCAAUGUUUUUCAACUUAAUUCGGAUUCAUAUGAAAUCAAAUGUAUAUUCUGAAACACAGAUUAAUCUCUGUAUCUCAUUAAUACCAUAAUUUGGAUUGAUCAUUUGCGAUCAAGAAACUCAAAAUGGCGGAGGCCUGGCCCAUCCCCCAGGCCCUGUUUCUGCUCAUAGUAAGUGUCGUGGGCCUGGACACUUGCCCUUCUCCCUGUACGUGUUCUGGUGGUCCAGGUUCAGCACAACUGCUGGAUUGCAAUAGGAAAAGACUGACUUCUGCAGCUCUGGAAGCUCCAGCCUGGAUCACCCAUGCGUCUAUGAAUCAGAAUGAACUUACAGCGGUGCCUUUUCUUGGAGAUGCCUCGUCCAACAUUACUAUGCUGUCACUUGUUCAUAAUCGAAUCUCUGAAGUCAUGGCAGAGCAGCUGUUGCCAUAUUCAUCUCUGGAAAGUCUGGACUUGAGCUCUAAUUCUAUAUCUGAGCUUAAGGCUGGAUCAUUCCCUCCCAUGCAGCUGAAAUACCUCAACCUGAGCAAAAACAAGAUAAGUUCCUUAGAACCUGGCUGUUUUGGAAACAUCAGCUCCCUUCUGGUGUUGAAGAUAAACCAGAACAGACUCUCUCUGCUGCCUGAUAAAGUCUUCACCCUCUCUCAGCUCCAAGUCUUAGAGUUGAGGCGCAACAGGAUUCGUGUGGUGGAAAGUCUCAUUUUCAAAGAACUGAAGGCUCUUAAAUCGUUGAAGAUGCAGCGCAACGGCAUCACAAAGCUGAUGGAUGGAGCUCUCUUUGGUUUGGAAAACAUGGAGGAGCUAGAGUUGGAGUAUAAUAAUCUAACGGAGCUGAAUAAGGGCUGGCUGUAUGGACUGCACAUGUUAAGGAUUCUGCGUGUCAAUCAGAACAAUGUUGGACUCAUUCGAGCUGAUGCCUGGGAGUUUUGCCAUCGCUUGGAAGAAUUGGAUUUGUCUUUCAAUCACUUGAGUCGUUUGGAGGAUUGGGUGUUUUCUGGUCUCAGUCUCCUGCAGAGUCUCAACUUGGGUGACAAUCAAAUCACACACCUGGGAGAAGGAGUGUUCAGCAGCCUGGCUAACGUCCGUACAUUGGACAUCCGUAAUAAUGAGAUAUCUCUCGCCAUCGAGGACUUCAUUGGCAUGUUUGUGGGUUUGAAGAGGCUGAACUCGCUAGUUUUACAGAAUAAUAAAAUCAGGACCAUCACUAAGAGAGCGUUCGAGGGUCUGAUGGAGCUGGAGCAUUUGGACCUGAGUAAGAAUGGCAUCAUGUCUAUUCAUCCUGAUGCUUUCACUCAUUUAAAACUUAAAACACUUGAUUUGAACACCAGCAGUCUCCUGUGUGACUGUCAGCUGCAGUGGUUGGGCCAGUGGUUGACUGACAGCCACUUCCAGCAAUCCUGCACUGCUGUCUGUGCUCAUCCCGCCUCCCUGGCAGGAUCUAGUGUGCUUGUUGUUAAACCAGAAGAGUUUGUCUGCAAUGACUUCCCUAAACCCCAGAUCAGCGCUCACCCCAAGACCGCUGUGGCCUUACGUGGGACCAACAUCACUCUGAACUGCUCUGCGUUCAGCAGCAGCGACUCUCCCAUGAGCACCGCCUGGCGCAAAGACGGAGAGGUGCUGUAUGAAGCUCAGGUGCAGAACUACGCUCGGUACCAGGAUCACCGCCUCCUCUACACCACCGUACUCCACCUGCUCAACGUCAAUUUCACCGACGAGGGCCAGUACCAGUGUGUGGUCUCCAACCAUUUUGGGUCCAACUACUCCACCCUGGCCAAGCUCACUGUUAAUGAGCUCCCCACCUUCCUGAAGACACCCAUGGAUCUGACCAUCCGGACUGGUACGGUCGCUAGGUUGGAGUGCGCUGCAGAGGGACACCCGACACCCCAGAUCGCAUGGCAAAAAGAUGGCGGUAUCAAUUUCCCUGCUGCCCGUGAAAGAAGGAUGCAUGUCAUGCCAGACGAUGACACUUUUUUCAUUGCUAACGUGAAGGCGGAGGAUAUGGGUGUCUAUAGCUGUACGGCCAAAAACGAGGCAGGCAGCCUGUCAGCCAAUGCCACUCUUACUGUGCUAGAAACCCCAUCCUUCCAGCGCCCUCUAGAGGACCGUAACGUCGCCCGAGGUGAGACUGCUGUCCUGCAGUGCAUAGCUCGUGGUAGCCCUGCCCCCCGCCUUAACUGGACCAAAGACGACGCCCCGUUAAUACUGACGGAACGUCACUUCUUCGCGGCAGCCAAUCAGCUCCUCAUAAUCGUAGAUGCUGGCCCUGCUGAUGCAGGGAAAUACACAUGCAUUAUGUCCAACACGCUGGGCACAGAGCGUGGCCAUAUCUACCUCAGUGUCUCGCCCUCGGCCAACUGUGACCCGGUGACCAGCGUAUACGGUCAGGAUGGAUGGACAACGGUUGGCAUUGUUGUGAUGGUGGUCGUUUGCUGCGUCGUUGGCACCUCGCUUGUGUGGGUCAUUGUCAUUUACCACAUGAGGAGAAAGAGUGAAGACUACAGCAUAACAAAUACAGAUGAGAUGAACCUACCAGCGGACAUUCCCAGUUACCUCUCAUCUCAGGGUACGCUGUCAGAGCCUCAGGAGGGCUACAGUAACUCAGAGAACGGAAGCCACCAGCAGCUCAUGCCCUCUCAUGCUAAUGGUUAUGUCCACAAAGGCACCGACGGAGUAUGUUAUGGUGAAGUGAGCAGUGAUGUUGAUCCAGAUGCUAAUGGAAUGCUGGGUAGUCAUGUGGGCUCUUUCUUUGCUGGACGUAGCAGCUUCCAUCGGAGCGAACCUAGAGAGGGUCAGGCAAAUGUCCCCAAUGGGGGAGCGGGCCCUCUAGUCAUCUGCUCAGACUGCUACGACAACGCCAAUAUCUACUCGCGCACGCGUGAGUACUGCCCAUACGCCUACCUGACAGAGGACGAACCACUUGUGGCCCAGAUCUCUCGGGACGGACACCAGAGCGGCCAUCAAGAGCGGGAUCAGCACACAGACACGGCACUGGAGAGUUUUAUAAGCCAGCAGAACGCCUCUGUGUUCCUCACCAACCAUGAGCCACGACUACCAGUGUCACAACACUAUAGCACUGAUGUCCCAGGCAGAUCAUUUUGGGAUGGUGAGGAAACCCAUUCUUCCAUCCUUGCCCAGGCCUCAGUGACUGUACACAAGCCCCCGACGGGUCUGUCCGCUGGGGACAGCCGAGAGGAGAAGAGGGGGGCACUGGAGGAAGGCCCAUACAGGACUAACUCACAGGAAAGCGCCUCUGCGCCCACAUAAACCCCAGCCAGCCCUGUCUUCCCCAAACAUCACCACCUUGUCCUUCAGUCGCCUUCCAGUGCCCUCAGCCCACUACCUCCUUGGAGAAGCCUCAUUAUCUGCCAAAUGAAAUGCCUCUCUCUUCAAUGUUUACACUGCCUCUCCUGUACCUCCCCACCAUGUUCCUUUGUAGCCCACUUGGAUGUGCAUUUUGCGGAAAACUCUUUGAAACAGGAGAGAGAAUUCCUGCUUUCACUAUUCCUCAAAGUCUGGUUUGAGCCCUGAAUGUAACAUUUCCAAGAGCUCCGCUAGUCCUACCGUAACCUGUGACGUACAGAUUAUGCCAUGUUUGGUUUUCCUACCUACUUAAGAGCGUUGAGCCUUUUUGCAUAUGCCAAAGCUUGACCCAGACUCACCUAUAACUUGCUUUUGAACCUGUACGAACAUUGACUGUGAAGAUUGGACUGCUGAAAUAGGGCAGUGAUGUUCUCUGAAUGACAUCAGAGGGUCAAUCACCUGUGUUGCAUUUCUCAUUCCUAUUGGCAAGUGGUACUGACUGAUGACCAAUAAUGUGUUAACAGAGCAGAAGACUGUUGUUUCCACUGUUAUUGUAUGCCGGAGUUACUGUUAUUUGUCAUUAAUAAUGCAUUUUUUUUGUGUAGUGCUUCUCACAAACCCAAACAUAUUUUUCAAUUUCUCUCUGUUUUCUUAAGGCACUAUAAUAGACAGUAAGAAAGACCCGAUAUAUUGCACCUUUGACAAUCUGCCCAGUACAGCCUUAUGCAAUCGUAAUAUGCUAACUUUUUUUAUUUUUUUUACGCUUCUUUCCUGUAUUAUGCUUUCAUCUUUCUAUUUUGUGUCUUUUGUGACAUAAUUUUAGGGGUUAACAUUUUAAUUGGUCUAACCCCACUAUUUGCAUUCUUGCAAGUGUGCACCAAAUGGAAUUGUAGUAUUUUUGUUUGAGCACCAACGGUGUGAGUUUGGAGUUUACAUUUAUUGCAGUUCCAUACAUGCUGCAUUUGAAAUUUGUUGUUACAGAUGGAUCAAAUCUCAUCUUGCCUUUGAAUACCUUUUUUUUUUUUUUUUUUUUUAAGGCUUUCAGGUCAUCUUCUCAAUUUAAGGUUUAAGAACUAUUGUGACAGUUAGGCAUGGUCAUGCCUAGUCAUUUUUAUUGUUUUGGCCUUAAAAGGACUGCUGGAUUUUGACUUUCUUGUCUGUAAACAUUCACUUAAGAGAGUUGGGCUGUGUCCGAAACUAAAGUCCGUCUUGCUGCCCAAUUAUUCAACGGACACCUUUCAAGGAAACACAUUUUGGGCUCCCUUUCAAGGCACUAACAUCACUUCUAAUGACCUUGAUUUGAACAUGCCUUGAUCCCUUCCUGCCAGUGUUGCCAAGUUCACAUUUUUCCCUUGGAAUUGGGCUAUUUUAACACUGUUGCCACAGGUCGUCUUUCAUGACUGCGGGUUGAAGCAACCCCAAAAAUCAUGAUAUUUAGCCCCUGGAAUGCAAAUUUUACUGGGGAAAGCGCCAAAAAGAGAAUUUUACCCCCCUGAAAUGCGAUUGGGCUAGUUUUGGGCUAGCUUUUAGUAGAUAUAGCCACAACCUUGCUUUAAAGGUGCAGUAAUAUUUACCUUUGAAUGGCAAAAUUCUGUUGGCAAAAUGCAGUCAUCUCAGUAGAAAUCUGCAUGAUCUGGAAAUUUGUGUGAGGUGAAACGUCCCCAUGUGGAUUUUGUUUGAAAUUCAAGUUUGUUGAACUUGGAACACACAAACCAUGCUUCGACCAAUAUAUAGAUUACGUUUACGAAUGCUCUGCAGAAUUUCAUGGGUGAAACCGAGUCAUUCCAAUAAGAGACUGCAUGAUCGGGAGUCUCACGCAAGGAUGAAAAAAUUCCCCACCCAGAUUCUGCUCAUUUUCAAGUUGGUUAUGUGAAUUCGCCACGCUGACCAACAGAAAGUUGGAUAGUGUAAAAGUGACUUCUGUGUGAGCCAUGCUUUAUACAUCACUAUGCUAUUGACAAUAGACAAUAGACCUUUUUUGCCCACAAAAUUUUGCUGACAUUUAACAAAUUUAACUGCACCUUAAGGCCGUUUAGUUUGGAAGUGACUUCUGAGUAAGCAGUGCUUCAUGAAUCGCUAUACUUUCGCAUUGUCUGCGAAAGUUUGGCUGAUUUGACCGCGCCUUAAGAGGGAACCUAUUUUCACAUUGAUUUAAUCUUGACUCACAGUCUGGACUUGAAUGCUCGAUGACCCAAACAAUCUGUAUGGAUCCCUGAUUACAUCUUAACCAUUCAUUUUGCAGUACAACUGACAUUUUGCACUUUUUGAGCAUACAAAAGCUGAAUCUUUCACUGCGGCAGAUAUCUGUGGCCACUGGCUUCUCCUGCCUUCUUUUAAUGGAAAUGUUUUAUCAUCAACCACUUUCCAACUGUGAUAACUACCCCUUGAUUUGCAUAUUAAUUUGUUGCAUUUUGCACAAUCUCUUGCCUCACAGUUAGCUAUACAAUUACACUAAUCAAGAGACCUUGAUGCCAGAUGAUGCAGCUGACUCCUCGCUGCGUCAAUUUCCCUUGUUGAAAGGAAAGGAGUAUGUGUCAUCAGCGGCUUCCAGCCACGUUUAAAACCUCAACAUUUUUCAAAUUACUGUUAAUGGUUGCCUGGCCUCUUACAGUGGUCUCUCUUGGUUCAGUCUGUGGGAGAAUAACGCAAAACGGUUUCGUUUAAAAGUAAUGUAAGAGGAAAGCAGAUUUAUUUUACUCCAGAAUAUACAGGACUUUGUUGGGAUGUUUAAAAAUGAACAAGUAUGAUUUCACUUACAGUUCUGUUCGAUUUACACCAAAGAAAAUCCAUACGGAUCAAACAUUCCUGCCUUCUGCAAACCAAAGUUUAGCUACAGUGCUUUGACAAUAUUUAAAUGCUGCUUUAUAAAUUGUUUUGUGCAUUUUUUUUUUUGUAUGCUGUACCUGUACAUUCUGUAAAGCAUGUAUAAAGAACAUUGUUUCAGAAAAUUCUGACAUUUAGCUGACAUUUAAACAAUAAAAUGAAUUCACAUGCA